CUAGCAGCAGACGUGUUUUCGAGUGCUUCUGAAGUGCCUCCUAAUACUUCAUCCGGCUCAACACUGCCAUCAACCUCCGUCAGCAUUAGCUUCGCUGGCCAGUUCUCCGACGCGGGGACUCGGACGAUAACGUGUACGACGUCUACGAUAUCAGCGUUUUCUUCUGUCGCGCCACAGCCUACGUCUCCCGUAGACGAUAUCAGGAGGACAUCAUCAUCAUCAUCAUCAUCAUCAUCGUCUUCUUCCAGGUCUUCACUCCGUGCAUCGUCGUCACAAAUACAGCCGGCAUCCCCUACGAGCAGUGCAUCCUUGAGAAGCACGUCCGCCCAGUCCUCUUCGGCAAGCCGAGUCCCCACUACGACAGCGGCGACUGUUACUGCCCCAACAGGUCCGGCAUCGACCUCAACUUUAGCAACCGCGCAGCCAUCCUCCACGAAGCUGGUCUUCGCACACCACAUCGUAGGUAACACCUACAAUUAUACUCAGUUAUCCUGGGCAAACGAUAUCUCCUUGGCGUCCUCAAAGGGCAUCGACGCCUUCGCUCUGAAUAUCGGCAAUGACAGCUGGGAGCCGGGGCAGGUCAGCAACGCGUAUGCCGCCGCCCGUAGCUUGAACACGACCUUCAAGCUCUUCUUCUCCUUCGACAUGACGUCAUUCCCAUGCGCCGCGACGACGAACGUGCCAAUCAUCCGACAGUACAUCCAGAACUACACCGCACACACAAACCAGCUGCUCUACAACGGCAAGGUGUUCGUAUCGACGUUCGCUGGCCAGGACUGCACGUUCGGAACAAGCUCCGUGAACCAGGGCUGGACGAACACCGUCAAGAACGGGCUGAACACGUACUUCGUGCCGAGUUUUUUCGUAGAUCCCGCGACAUUCAAGAACUACUCAGUGCUGGAUGGUGCUUUUGGUUGGAACUCGGGCUGGCCGAUGGGUGAUUACAACAUCACGUUCGACCAGGACCAGUCAUACAUCUCCAACCUUGGGAACCGUUCGUACAUGGCCGCCGCCUCGCCAUGGUUCUUUACACACUAUGGCCCAAACACCUAUAACAAGAACUUCAUCUAUCGUGGCGACGACUGGUUGCUCGCGCAACGCUGGGAGGAGCUCGUUACGAACAGAAGCGUCGUCAACUUCGUCGAAGUCAACACCUGGAACGACUACGGCGAGUCGCACUACGUUGGCCCGAUCGAGGGCGUACAGCCCAUGUCGCAGGCAUGGGUGAAUGGCUUCGAGCAUACUGGCUGGCUUGACCUCAUCGCGUACUACAUCACCGCCUUCAAGACGGGAUCUUACCCACCCAUCACCCGAGACCGCACCUUCCUCUGGGCGCGGCUGUUCCCCGCCGCGGCAAAUGCAACGAAUGACGCUGUUGGCAAGCCACGAACUGGCAGUGGGUGCACCCAAGACUACCUCUGGGCGGUUGUCCAGCUGACCGCACCGGCCAACGUCACGCUCGCAUGCGGGCCCUCCACGGUGGUGGCGAGCGUAUCGGCGGGGACAACUAAGCUCAAGCUACCGCUUGUCACGAAUUGCACGGUCUCCAGUGCCAUCGUGCGCGGCACGAACAUUACAGCGUUUGUUCCGCCCGGCAUGAACUUCAAGACCACGCCCGUGACAUACAACUUCAAUGCCUUUGUGGCAGCUUCGCCGUAGACACGUGUGCUACACAGCUGUCCUUGAGCAUAGAUAUAGAGAUGACAUCAUUCCCU